GCUUAAAUCAACAAUGGCCCAAAGUUUGGAGUUUUGGUAUGACUUGCUCCUUACAAUUUUAAAAAAUAAAAGCCAUGAAAUCAAGAUUUCAGAUCUAAUUAAGCAAACUACUUUCCAUUUUUUUGAAACCAACAUUCCACCUCACUGCCAUCUUCUUCUUCUUCUUCUUCAUAUCAUCAUUUUCCUUAAGUUUUUCUCAAUUCUCAUGAUGUUUUUGGCAGGUAGUUAGGUAUCCUUUCUUUGCUUUUUUUUCUAAAUCUAUAAAUACCAUCAUGAGAAACCAUUAGAACAUAAAUUCAGUUCAACUCCCCCAUUCUUGGAACCAAAAAAAGUCCCAUUUUUGCAAUUCUUGAAGUAAUCUCUGUGGCAAAUUACCAAAAGGGGAUCUGAUUAUUGUUUGAAAUCAUUUUUCCCAUCUAGAGAUUGGGGAGUUAAAGAGAUCUAAGGAAUAAAGAUCACAUUUUUAUAUUCAACUUCAUCAAAUUCUUAGAUUUGGAGUUCAAAGUUAGCACCUUUAGGGUUUUGUUUUCACCAUCACUAGUAACUGUCAGCACUCAGCACUGUGGUAAUUUUUUUUCUUGUUACCUGUAAUGGUUAAAUCAUCUGUGAGCAGAAUGUUAGCAGGAAAUGGCUUGUUUUAUCCAAUUAUUGGCUUUGCAUCAUUUAUUGCUUUCCUAUAUUUGUCCUUUGGGGACUUGUGGGUUAAUUACAGUAAAGAAAUAAAUCUCAGUUUUGUGGAGAGGAAUGGGACUCAGUUCUAUGUUGAUGGUAAAGCUUUUUAUGUAAAUGGAUGGAAUUCUUACUGGUUAAUGGAUCAUGCUGCUGAUUAUAGUACUAGACCAAGAAUUAGAACUAUGCUUCAAGCUAGUGCAAAGAUGGGUCUUACUGUUUGUAGAACUUGGGCUUUCAAUGAUGGUGGUUACAAUGCUCUUCAGAUUUCCCCUGGCAAAUUUGAUGAAAAAGUGUUCAGGGCAUUAGAUCAUGUUAUUGCAGAAGCCAGAAGAAAUGGAAUUAGGCUGAUACUCAGCUUGGUUAACAAUCUACAAGCAUAUGGUGGGAAGACUCAAUAUGUAAAGUGGGCAUGGGAAGAAGGUGUUGCUUUAAGCUCUUCCAACGAUUCGUUCUUCUAUGAUCCAUCUAUCCGCCGUUAUUUCAAAAAUUAUGUCAAGACAGUGCUGACAAGAAGGAACAUAUACACCGGUAUAGAGUACCGGGAUGAUCCCACCAUCUUCGCAUGGGAGCUAAUUAAUGAACCUCGCUGCAUGACCGAUCCUUCUGGUGAUACACUCCAGGACUGGAUAGAAGAGAUGUCAACAUUUGUGAAAUCAAUUGACAGGAAACAUCUGCUCACAGUGGGCCUCGAAGGAUUCUAUGGUCCUAGAAGUCCCAAAAAAUCAAUUGCCAAUCCAGAAGUUUGGGCAGCUGAUCUUGGAUCCGAUUUUAUCCGCAACUCUAUACUUUCAACUGUUGAUUUUGCCUCCGUACACGUAUACCCAGACCAUUGGUUUCACCACAAAAAUUUUGAAGAGAUGUUGAAAUUUGCGGCCAAAUGGAUGCUUUCUCACAUAGAAGACGGUGACAGGGAACUGAAAAAGCCAGUCCUGUUUACUGAAUUUGGUUUGUCAAAUGAUAACGAGGAUUUUGAACCAGCUCAACGUGAUAGAUUCCUCAAAAUGGUUCUUGAUGUUAUAUACAAGUCUGCAAAGAGAAACAGGUCGGGGGCAGGAUCAUUUUUCUGGCAAUUCCUUGUUGAAAGAAUGGAACGGUUCAAUGACGAAUAUGGAAUUGUUCCAUGGGAGAAUCCAUCAACGUAUCGAUUAAUUACAGAUCAGUCGUGUAGGCUGGCCAAAGUUCAGGGUCUACUGUCAACACAAGCUGAGCAUUUAAAGAAUUUUUGUGCCCCGAGGAACUAAUAAACUUUUUUUUUGUUUUGGAAAAAGAAAGUUUACAUAUUAUUAUGAAAAUACUCCAGCAUUUUUCUUCUGAAAUUCAUUCUAAGGGAAGAACUGUAGGACAUAGGUUUACUCAUUGUAUUUCUCACGUUAUAGAUAUGUAAAAUUUUCAUCAAAUCAAACACAUGCAGAUUGUUCUCACACUGCUUCAUUUUCUCA